AGACACUAGAGGGUGCUGUGGCGAAAGCAGAUAUUUACAAAACAGAGUCAAGAUGGCGGAAUCAGAGAAGCCUCGGGAGGGAUCUUGUACUUUUCUGUUUAAAAAAUCUAAUAGGAAAUUCUCUGGGCGAAAGAGAAAAGCAACCGAUAGCGAGAAAGAUGAAAACAGUGAUGAGGACCAGACCCUCGUAGUGAGAAAAGAAAAGAAAAAAACUCGCAUCAACCCGAUGAUUCAGAGGACAAAGAAAGUGGAGAGAGAUGCUGUAUCAUCCAGUGAAAGUGAAGACGAGAAAGAAGACAAGAAGGUGACUGUUUCCUACAAGUCCACACGAUCAGCGAAACCAGAGGGACCGGAGGACAUGGGUGCAACUGCUACAUAUCAGCUGGACACAGAGAAAGACAAUGAUGCCCAGGCCAUUUUUGAAAGGAGUCAGAAAAUCCAAGAGGAACUGACAGGUAAAGAUGAUGAUAAAAUCUACCGUGGCAUCAACAACUACCAAAAAUUCAUCAAGCCUAAAGACACAACUAUGGGCAAUGCCUCCUCUGGCAUGGUCAGGAAAGGACCAAUCAGAGCCCCUGAGCACCUGCGAGCCACAGUCAGGUGGGACUACCAGCCAGAUAUCUGCAAAGACUACAAGGAGACUGGUUUCUGUGGUUUUGGAGACAGCUGCAAGUUUCUUCACGACAGAUCGGACUACAAACAUGGCUGGCAGAUUGAGAGGGAACUGGAAGAGGGACGAUAUGGAGCCAAUGAUGAAGAGAACUAUGAAGUAAGCAGUGAUGAUGAAGACUUGCCCUUUAAGUGCUUCAUCUGCCGGGAAUCCUUUAAGAAUCCCAUAGUCACAAAGUGCAGGCACUUUUUUUGUGAGGUUUGUGCACUUCAGCAUUACCGCAAGUCCAAGCGCUGUUAUGUGUGCGAUACUCAAACCCAUGGAGUGUUCAAUCCUGCUAAAGAGUUGAUGGCCAAGCUGGAGAAGCACAAUGCCAUGACAGACCAACCACCAUCCGAUGAAGACAAUUAGCAAAAUCCAAAAAUUUCCAGCCUCCCCUUACGUGUUUGUCUGUGUAAAAUUUAAAUAAAACAUUUUUGAUAAGGUUUAAAGCCUCACUGUGUGGUGCCAUCAAAAUAAAAAGUUAAUGUCAA